UAGAAAGAAUGGCUAGAAAAAUGAAGGUCUUUAUAUUGCUGUUCCUCUGCACCGCUACUGUGUGGUGUAGUGAUUAUGAUGAAGAAGAUGGGGAAGAUGUUGCGCCUUCCCAGAAUGCAGAUGGUGUAGACGCCCGUGGACAUAGGCCUGUUAGUAGAGGUCGGGAACCAAUUCCUACGCGCAGACCAGCUCCACCACCCGUCGGUGGAAGUGGCUACAGCUCUCGCCCAACAAAAGCUCCAACAAGAAGUCAAAAGAAACAAACUACUGAAUAUCCUGAUGAGGGUGGCUGCAAACAUGCAUUUGAUCAGCUUGGAGUAUUAUGUCCAACCGGAUGUGAACUGCGCACAUCUCUACUGAAACAAGAGAGAUCUGUAAAGGAUGGUAUUAAAGAUGUGAGCAGCAGAGUCAACACUUUGGCACAGUCUACAAACAGUAUUUAUAAAUAUGCAUCUGUACUGGGAAAUAGUGUGAAAGAGAGGCAACGCAUAAACACAGAUAAUCAGGAAAUAGUGAAAACCUAUAAUGAUGAACUGGAAGAACAUUAUAUAUUUAUCAAGGAAAACUUAGCCAACAACAUACCCUCCAAUAUCCGAAUCCUCCGCCAAGUGUUAGAGAACCUGAGAUCCAAGAUCCAGAAACUGGAAACUACGAUAUCCUCCCAGGUUGAAAACUGUCGCUCUCCUUGUGUCACAUCUUGCAAUAUUCCUGUGGUCUCUGGAAAAGAAUGUGAAGAAAUUUACAGGAAAGGAGGUGAUUCAUCAGAGAUGUAUCUUAUUCAGCCUGAUGGAUUGUCCAGACCCUUCAAAGUGUACUGUGACAUGACCACCCAAGAUGGAGGAUGGACACUUAUUCAGAACAGACAAGAUGGUAGUGUCGGAUUCGGAAGGACAUGGGAUGCCUACAAAUCUGGAUUUGGUAAUAUUGCCCAAGAUGGUGGAAAAGGGAUCUGCGACAUGCCAGGUGAACUUUGGCUUGGUAAUGACAAGAUUAGUCAGCUUACAAAUUUGGGGCCUACUGAAGCCUUGAUUGAAAUGGAAGACUGGGAAGGCAACAAAGUCGCAGCACAGUACAGUGGAUUUACAGUGCAAAAUGAAGCAAAUAAAUAUCAGUUGUCUGUCAGUGGAUACAAGGGAACAGCUGGUAAUGCUCUAAUGGAUGGGGCAUCACAACUUAAAGCAGAGAACAGAACCAUGACCAUACACAACGGCAUGUUCUUCAGUACCUUUGACAGAGACAAUGAUGGCUGGUUACAAGCAGAUCCAAACAAACAGUGCUCAAAGGAAGAUGGUGGCGGAUGGUGGUAUAAUAGAUGCCACGCAGCAAACCCCAAUGGAAGAUAUUACUGGGGAGGUCAUUACACAUGGGAUAUGGCAAAACAUGGCACAGAUGAUGGUGUCGUGUGGAUGAACUGGAAGGGGUCCUGGUAUUCAAUGAAGAAAAUGAGCAUGAAAAUCAGGCCCUUCUUUUCUUAAUAGAAAUACCUAAAGCCCAGUACAAAGUACUGCAUGAAAUAGGGUGUUCAUGUGACUUCAUUAUGGACAUCACAUAAAUAAAAAAGAAAUAUGGAACAUGUUUGCGUUUGAAUAGAAGGUUUUCCCAGACAGACCUAGCCAGAAUGUGGGUUAUUAAUUUAAAAAGAAACAUAGCUGGAUUACCCACUCCUACAUACCAGCCUAAAAAGAAAAAAGAGUCAUGCGUAAUAUAACAGACCUCCCCAAAUAUGUGAAUUCUGGGGUAUACAGGACAUGGCUACCCAUAGUGGAUAUUAUUUUUUGCAUGACGGGGGUAUCUAGCAUUACACAACUGAAUAAGUCUACCCCUUGAUGCCAAUGUCUCUAAAUCACUGAGAUGGAUGCUUUUAUUACUCCACUUUCAUUACUGCCACUGAAGACAUGUCUGAAAAUAAAGUCACUUUAAACUCUUCUGAA